AUGCAAGGGCGACGUGAGCAAAUGGGCCAAGUACCUGCACUACGGCGCGAGCCUGAUCAAGAAAAAGGGCGGGAUCCGGUCCUUCAACGGGUGCAAGGACGAGCAUUUUCUGGUGACCAACUACGCGUACCACGACAUGAUGUCUGCGGCGAUUGUCGAGGACCGCCAGCUGCACUUUGCGCUCGAGGAGUACGAGGACAUGUGGCUGGCGUCGAACCGGAUCCGGUUUCUGGACCCGCUGCACGGGCUGUCGUCGCCGGUGUUCAAGAUACUGGCGGAGAUCAACCAGCUGGCGGUGAAGACGCGGCAGACGCUGAAACAGCACCACGAGGUGCCGCUGAGCGAGGACUGCGGCGGGGAGCAAAAACGGCCGCAGCGCAUGGCGGAGGUCUACGACAAGAUCAUGCAGGAGGGCUACGCCCUGGACUCCAAACUGAACGAGGCUUCGCCAAACUAUAUACUGAUGAACGACAUGGACCCGUCGGACUUCGAGCUGCAGCUGACCAUGUUCGAGGCGUUCCAGCUGGCGGCCAAGAUCCACCUGCGGCAGUCGGUGCUGCGCAUGAACCCCGGGUCGAUGGAGAUCCAGUACCUGGUGGACCAGCUGACGGCGUCGCUGGACAUCCUGGUGGGGACGCGGCUGGUGGCGUGCAUCUGCUUCCCGGUGUUCAUAGCCGGGAUGAACUGUGUGUACGCGGACCGCGAGCAGAUGGAGGCGCGCAUCGACGACGUGGUGAAGCGGUACCGGUGGAAAAACAUCGUGCGGUGCCGGCUGGUGAUGAGAGAGGUGUGGAAGGUCAACUCGAACGGCGAGCGGUGGGUCGACUGGUUCUCGUCGAACUUCGACUGCGACCACCGCUCGAUGCGAUUCUUGAUGCCCAGGCCCUGGAACCCGGACGAAAACGUGACCGUGGUGUUGUUUGUUGUCUGGUUCAGCUCGCGGUCGAAGGUGUACUGGUUGUACUCCUGGAUCUGGAUGAUUUUGGUGUGGUCGAGGUUGCGGGUGUACGUUUGCAUGGUCUGGCUGCCCGGGUCGACGACGGUGCGCUCGAUGAUCCAGGACGUGGAGAUCUUGCCCAGAAACGGCUUGACCCACUUGGGCAGCCGGCCGGUCUUCAUGAUGAGCUUGGUCUGGUGGAGACGGCCUUCGGCGUCGAUGUGGCGGUCAAUUGUGUCGAUGGAGAGCACGUGCGACGAGUACGGGUUCGGGUACCGGUUGAAAUACGCCAGCGUGGCGGUCUCGAAGGUGUGCGGGAACGUGUGGGAGUUGUGGAAAUAGAGCACCAUCCGGACGAAUAA